AUUUUAUUUAUAUAUAUGUAUAUAGAUUAAAUGUGAAAAAUGUAAGUGUUAUAUAUUUAAAAAUGACAUUGACCUAAAUGGCUGCUGUGGAUGGCAUUCAACAAAUUGCACGCAAAGGUUGUCUUCAUAAAGUUCAAGGUAAAGUUGCAACUUCUGCUUCCAUACCGAGUAAAUAUCAAACUAUUGUGUUAAACAACAAUGAGCGAAAAGGAUUCAACUCUGGUUCUAAAAGAUUUGAUUGUCUCCAAUUUGAUGAAAGCCCUGGUCCAGCAAAGUAUGACACAACUCAGACAUUACUGAAGGAAAACAGCACAUCUUAUUCCACAAAAGGUUUAGGUGGUUUUGUCUCCAAGGUAAAAAGGUUUCCAGUGGCACUGAAUGCAAAUAAUCCAGUUGGACCUGGCCAGUACUCGCCUAAUUUGACCACAGAACAUGAUUUCAAUAAGGCAACUUGUACAAGUAAUUUUCACAAGCCAAUUGCUGUUCAAAGUAGAUUUGAAAAAUUUCAAACUCCAGCACCAAAUCAUUAUAACUUGUCAAGUAAAACGAUGGGAAAGGGUAAACCAAGAGAAAGUGCUGCUUUUUUGUCAAGAACCAAAAGAGAGCUAGUCACUACGAAAAUUUCACAAUCUGUUCCAGCCCCAGGGGCAUACGAGGUAAGUGAUAAGUGGACGAGCAGUGCUCCACGAGCUGCACAAGCUCCGUUCAAAUCUACAACCACACGUACCCUUUUACCAAAAAACGUUUAUGAAAAUCCAGGACCUGGAACUUACGACCCGCAUGAACCCGUGAAAAAUCACCCCGAAAAAAGAGGUUUACCACGAAAGCACUACUUGUGUAUAUCAGCACCGGCAGUUCCAAUGCCGCAGCAGCAGCCCACCCCGGGUCCUGGUCAGUACAACCUUGUGAAUUACGAAGGACUAACAAAACAGUAUGUGAGCAGCUCAAUGUUCGUGUCCACUACAAAUCGAUGGAGCGGCGACCGACCGAAAGCAGGCCCUGGCCCAGGAGCCUACAAUCCUCGACAUCACAAUAAACAAUCAUUCAUGUACAAUGCAGCACAAAAAUGGAUUUAAAAUAUUUCUGUAAAAAAUAUAUAUUUUUUUAACAUUAUAUUUUAGUUUUUUAAUAUUUUAAUAUAUUUCUUGAAUGACAUGCGUGAAA